AUGCCCGAUGAGUUCCUUGCUAGGAACCCCCCCCCGCUCUGGCUCACUCUCUACCACAUCGUCACCCGCCUCCCUGACUCUCUGCGCGCAGUCAGGGAUCACUUCCUAGCUCGCUGCCCCACUGAGCUCACCAUUGCCCUCCUCGAGAAGGAACUACUUGCAGCUGAGGCGAGCAUCGUCGCUGUAGGUGCUUCUCAUGGUGACCCCCGCACCCCUUUCUUUGAGGGGUGUUCCCCUUCCCCCCUUCUUCCCUCUGUAGCCUCUGCUUCUGCUGUCGACCUCCUUGGUGCUGAGAAGGUCGGGAUUGCGUCCGUUCCGAGCGGGCGCCGCAGGAGCAGAGGGGGCAGGGGUGGAGGCGGUGGGAGUGGUGGUGGGGCUGGAGGUGGGGGUGGUGACGGCAGCGGCGGGGGCGGUGGCAGGGGCGUGGGCGGUGGCGGGGGCGGCGGUGGUCGUGGCGGCGGCAGGGGAGGGGGUGGUCGAGGAGGUGGCGGCGGCGGUGGUGGUCGUGGAGGCGCUGGCGGUGGCCAGAGCCAGCAGCACACUCCGUCGCUCCAGGAGGCCCGUGAGUGGUAUUCGCAGCGCGGGGGGGCGGGUGGCUUUAGCUGCACGUACGUCAUCCGCACUGGUGACCGCACUGGUCAGACGUGUGGGAAGCCGCACCCCACGCAGCGCUGUUUCUCUCGCCUUGACGACGCUUGGCGUACUCAGUUCCCUGAUGCCACUGAGCUGCCCCGCUGGUUUGAUCUGAUGAAGAAGGGAGUUGAUAUCUAUGCACUAGACUUUGAUGAUAUUCUUACAGCCAUGUAUGUGAUGUUUACUAGUGGAGAGGGUGCUCAGUACCUGCGUGUUCCGCCCGACCCGGGCAUUCGGACCAGUGAGGCUGCCGCUCUAGGUGCUAGUGCUACUGCCGCUCCAGGUACUCGCGUGUCUACUAUCUCAGGUGCUGGUGCGGCUGCUGCUCUAGGUGCUAGUGAGUCUGUGCCCCCUGGUACUGAGUCGACUGCAGCACUGCACACCUUCACACUGGACUCAGGUGCUUCUCGCUGUUUCUUUCGUGACCGCACUGUCCUUGAGCCACUCGCUCGGCCAGUUGCUGUCUCCCUCGCUGACCCCUCAGGGGGUCCGGUCAUUGCGACCUCCUCCACUGUCCUCCCUUGUCCUGCGGUCCCGUCCGGCACACUGUCAGGUCUCCACCUCCCCUCGUUCUCUACGAACUUGGUGGCGGGUUGUGCGCUCCAGGACGGGGGUGUUCACCAGUUCACCCCUGCCUACGAGCGCGUGACACACUGCACGUGUGCUCGGACGGGCCGUCACCUGGCUACCUUCACUCGGCAGCCAGGGUCGGACCUGUACACACUGACCACUGAGUCCCCUCAGGUAGCUGCGUCUGCGUCUGCGUCAGGUCAGCUGUCGGCCCCCUGCUCGUGUCGCUCUCUGGCGCACGAGACCGUCCUCUGGCACCACCGACUUGGUCACCCGUCUGUGCAGCGCCUUCGUGCCAUGCACAAGCGGUACCUUGUCUCUGGUCUUCCCAGGGUUCUCCCUCCCCUCCCACCCUCGCCUGCUCCUCCCUGUCUUCCCUGUGUCGAGGGGCGGCAGCGCGCCGCUCCUCACUCCUCGUUUCCCCCGACGACUGCUCCCUUGCAGACGCUCCACAUGGACGUGUGGGGCCCAGCCCGCGUCCGUGGACAGGGUCAGGAGAGGUACUUCCUGAUUGUUGUUGACGACUACUCGCGCUACACCACGGUCUUCCCCUUGUGCACCAAGGGUGAGGUCCCUGAUGUCUUGAUCCCUUGGAUCCGCAGAGCUCGUCUCCAGCUCAGCGAGCGUUUCCGCUCGGACUUUCCUGUCCUGCGUUUGCACUCUGACAAAGGUGGUGAGUUCUCCUCCGACCUCCUGGCAGCCUACUGUGCGGAGCACGGCAUUGAGCAGUCGUUCAUGCUUCCGGCCUCUCCACAGCAAAAUGGGGUUGCUGAGCGCCGCAUUGGCUUGGUCAUGGAGGUCGCUCGUACCUCCUUGAUCCAUGCGGCUGCCCCCCACUUUCUGUGGCCGUUUGCGGUCCGAUACGCUGCGCAUCAACUCAACCUCUGGCCCCGUGUCUCCUUGCCGGAGACUUCCCCGACACUGCGUUGGACGGGAGAGGUUGGCGAUGCGUUGCGUUUUCGGGUCUGGGGAUCCCGAGCUUUUGUUCGCGAUACGUCCGCGGACAAGCUCUCCUCUCGCGCUGUUCCUUGUGUCUUCCUUGGCUUUGUCCCGGACGCGCCUGGUUGGCAGUUUUACCACGUGACCUCGUGCCGUGUCCUGUCCUCUCAGGACGUCACUUUCGACGAGUCCGUCCCCUACUACCGCCUCUUCCCCUACCGCACUGCCCCACUCCCCCCCCCCGCCUCUCUUCCUCGCUCCUGGUGCUGCUGUACUAGACCCCCUUCCCCCUCAGGGUGCCGCUCCCUCAGCCUGGGGGUGCGGAGCUUGGGGGUGCGGAGCCUGGGGGUGUGGAGUCUGGGGGAGCGGAGCCUGGGGGUUGCGGAGUCUGGGGGUGCUGAGCCUGGAGGUGCUGAGCCUGGGGGUGCUGAGUCUGGGGGUGCUGAGUCUGGAGACGCUGAGCCUGGGAGUGCUCCACCUGGAGGAGCCCUCUCCUCGCAGCAGCUGCAGGAGAGCCUUCGGAGUGGCGCUCCUGGUGUCGCGGACCCUGGAGUAGGCACUGUGGCUGGUGCUGAGGACACGGGCAUUAGAGCUGGUACUGGUGCUGACGACCCUGGAGUUGGCGCUGUGGCCAGUACUGAGGACCCGGGCGUUGGAGCUGCUACUGGUGCUGCGGACCCUGGAGUUGGCGCUGUGGCUGGUGCUGAGGACACGGGCGUUGGAGCUGCUAUUGGUGCUGACGACCCUGGAGUUGGCGCUGUGACUGGUGCUGAGGACCCGGGCGUUGGAGCUGCUACUGGUGCUGCGGACCCUGGAGUUGGCGCUGUGGCUGGUGCUGAGGACACGGGCGUUGGAGCUGCUGCUGGUGCUGCGGACCCUGGGGUUGGAGCUGCUGCUGGUGCUGAGGACCCUGCCGCUGGUGUCUCUGCUGGUUCUGGAGACGCUGCGCGGCCACGACCGUACUUCGUGCCGCUCCUUCAGCAGGUUCUUGGUCAGACUCCUCCUCCUUGUCCUUCUCCCUCCUUAGAGUGUCCUCCACCUGUCCAGUCGCAGUCACAGUUACCGCCUGCCUCGCCUCUCCCUGGUCCUUCUCCUUACACUGGUCCCACAGGAGGUCUUACGGAGCGUCGUGAGCCUGAGUCUCCUCCUGUGUCGCCUGAGUCUCGCUCUGCGUCACCUGUUAGUGCUGCUCGCACUGGUCGUCGUGUCCCGCGUCAGCGUCCUCCUGCUGUCCCAGGCACUCACCAGAUAGUGCUCUGUCGCUCCACUGCUCCCCAGCGUGUCCCUCUGCCGUCUCCUCCUGUGUCCUCUCUUCCUACUCUUCCUGACCCGGAGUCUGACUCCCUUCAGGCUGCUAGUCCCACUGUCACACGUCUCCUCGGCACGGCUGUCACUGACCCUACCUUUGAGUCCUCAGCUGCGUCUGCUCUGGUCGCUGAGCUGGUUGACUUUGCUGCCCGGUGUCGUCUAGACUACGCUGCUAGCCUUGUUGCUGAGUCUGAGUCUGUCUGUCCUCCGUCCGUCGGGGGUGAGUGUGCUCUUGGCACGGACGUCCUUGAGGACAGACAGGAGGAGUUCCAGUGCUUUGCUGCUGCUUUGCCCCAUCUCGUGUCCAUGCUAGUCGCCCCUGAGGGAGACCUGGAUGCACCAGACAUCCCGACUCCGCGCUCUUACGCAGAGGCGAUGGCGGGUCCCUACUCCUCUCAGUGGCAGACAGCCAUGGACGCAGAGAUGGCCUCCUGGAAGUCCACAGGCACCUACGUUGACGAGGUUCCCCCACCUGGGGCGAACAUCGUCAGUGGCAUGUGGAUUUUCAGGGUGAAGCGGCCGCCGAGUUCUCCUCCUGUCUUCAAGGCGCGCUACGUUGCUCGAGGCUUCAGUCAGCGAGAGGGAGUAGACUUCUUCCAGACCUUCUCCCCCACCCCGAAGAUGACCACUCUUCGGGUGCUACUGCACAUAGCCGCUCAGCGCGACUACGAGCUUCACUCACUUGACUUCAGCACUGCUUUCUUACAGGGCAGCCUGCACGAGGAGAUCUGGCUGCGCCGCCCUCCUGGCUUCACUGGGUCGUUUCCUUCUGGUACCCAGUGGAGCCUCCGGCGGCCGGUCUACGGUCUCCGCCAGGCACCACGUGAGUGGCACGACACACUGAGGACGACACUUGCGACUCUUGGGUUCGCUCCCUCUACUGCUGACCCGUCGCUGUUUCUACGCACCGACACCUCGCUGCCACCGUUCUACAUCCUCGUGUACGUCGACAACUUGGUCUUUGCCACUGCUGACACUGCGGCACUCGCCCACGUGAAGUCGGAGCUGCAGAAGAGACACACGUGCACAGACCUGGUUUCUUGGCGUUCUACACGCUCUUCUUCUGUUCUCAGCUCCAGUUGUGAGGCUGAGAUCUACGCCACAGCCAUGGCGGCCCAGGAGCUACGCUGGCUCACCUACCUGCUGACCGACUUGGGAGAGCGGCCUCGUUCUCCUCCAGUGCUGUACGUCGACAACCAGGCUGCCAUUGCCUUGUGUGAGGAGCACAGACUGGAGCACAGAACGAAGCACAUCGCUCUGCGUUACUUCCUUGCUCGAGAGCUACAGCAGCGCGGUCAGCUUCGUCUGCAUUACGUGGCCACUGAGGCCAACACUACUGAUGUGUUCACCAAGGCGCUUCAGCCUUGUGACCAUCAGCGUUUCUGUACUCUUCUAGGCCUUGUGCCUACUGGACCUCACUUGCUUACUGCUUGA